AUGAAAACAAUUGCUGUUAUUGGUGGUGGAUGGUACGGUUGUCAUAUUGCAUUAAGUCUAAAACAGAAAGGACAAUAUUAUGUAACAUUAUACGAAGCACAAUCUGACAUAUUUCAUGGUUGUUCCGGUAAAUUUGGCAUCCGAUUACAUGCUGGUCCACAUUAUCCUAGAUCGAAAAAAACACGUGAAAGUUGCCAAAAUCAUUUCUAUAAUUUUCAUGACAUAUAUUCAGAUCUAUUAAUCAAACAUGAAUACUCAGUAUAUGGUUUAGGAAUUGAAGAUGUUGAUGAAUAUCCAUCAAAAGUCACUGAAUCACAAUUUAAAUUAGUUUGUAAAGAAUGUGAUCAAUACCAAGAAAUAGAUAUCAAAGAAUGGAAUUAUCAGCAUUUAAUUUCUGCUUGUACUGUUUAUGAACCAAGUAUUGCAGUUGGAAAACGUUUACGUGAAAAGUUUAAAAAAUAUCUAAAAGAAGCUGAUGUUAACCUAAUAUGUAAUUACAAAGUACAAAAAAUUGAGAAAAUAAAUAAUAAUAAACUUCAAAUUAAUACUGAGCACAUCUUUGAUCAUGUAAUUAACUGUACAUAUUAUCAAGAUUUAACCAUAGAUCCAAUCUUACCAUUUAAUAUUGAAGUAGUAUAUCAACCAAGUUUAGCUUUAUACUAUGAAGAUAAUGAAAAAUCUUGUAAAGAUGAUGCUUUUGUGGAACUCACGUAA